AUGGUUGGUAAAUUCUCAUUCCAGUUCAUCAUCAUUAUGGGACGCUGUAAGAAGCAACCAAAGAAAAGCUAUUCGCAGCAACAAUUAUUUUCGGCGAUACAGGCAGUAAGAAAUGGCGCAAGUCAGUUUGCAUCCGCAAAGAAAUUUGGAAUACCAAGAUCAACUUUGUUCAACAAAAUCACUGGAAAGACGUUGCUGGGAAAGAAACCCGGACCAGCAACUGUGUUGUUGCCUGAGGAAGAGCAAACAAUUGAGAAUUGGGUCUUUGGACUUGCAGUUAGAGGAUUUCCAGUGACCAAAAGACAAUUGCUACGAUCGAUUCAGUUUUACCUCAACAUCAACAAGCGAAAAACCAUUUUUAAAAACAACAUCCCAGGCCGGAAAUGGUACGAUUCGUUUCGUGAAAGGCAUCCACUAAUAUCGGAAAAACUGUCUCAAAAUCUCACUGUUCGAAGAGCAGCAGUGUCGGCAAAUGCAAUACGAGCGUGGCAUGCAGAAAUCGUAAAGUAUUGCGAAGAGCACAGUUUGAUGGAUGCGUUGAAAGAUCCCGAACGCGUUUUCAACAUGGACGAAAAGGGUUUUAUUUUGACUCCCAACAAUGAGGUUGUGUUGGUAAAGAGAGGUAAUAAGGCUGUCUACAAUCGAUCCAAAAACGAUGAAAAAGAGUGCGUCACGGCAUUACUGGGUGGUAGCGCUUCAGGAAAAAUGACACCUCCAAUGAUCAUCCAUUCUUACAAACGGAUGCCUUCCGCAGUUUUGGCAAACAAUCCGGCAAAGUGGAGCGUUGGUAUAUCAGACAAUGGUUGGCAGACUCAACAAACUUUCCACGAUUACAUCACAAACAUUUUUUAUAAAUGGCUGCUGGAGGAAAAGGUACCACUCCCAGUUCUAUUGUUCAUCGAUGGACACAAGUCGCAUGUAUCGUUGACUCUUAGUGACUUUUGUGCGUCCCAUCACAUAGAGCUGAUAGCUCUACAUCCGAACUCGACCCAUCUUACUCAGCCUAUGGACGUUGGGGUGUUUAAACCAUUGAACACUUCGUGGACCAAUCAAGCGAAAGAUUGGAGAAUUGCCAACCAGUACGCAAAAAUCGCAAAGAAGGACGUGGCUCCUAUUCUUGAGAAAGCCAUCAAGGCUAUCAAUUACGGAGAACACUUGAAAAAUGCCUUCAAGAAAAGUGGCAUUUUUCCAUUCAAUGUUGACAACAUUGAUCUGUCCCGAGUGCUGCCUAGCAUUGAGGCUUCAGCAAGUGGGCAGGAGCAAUUGUGGAACCCACAACAAGCAACUGAUACGAUACAUGAAACAAGUGAAGAAGUAAACAUUCAAAGCAUGGCGCAACAUCGUUUGGAACAUUUUGAGAAUAUCUUGGGCAGCACAGUUUUGAAUUCGUUUCGGUCGACUGAUGUUUGGACAGGGGCGAAAGAGUAUUCAAUUCUCUUCACCAUAUGGAAACGGAUGUACAUCGAAGCGUUGGAGUCUAUCGACACGGAUACAUCAGAUGUGAUUAUUGUUGUGGAUAGUGACGAAAUAUCCGAGAACGUCACUAAAGUCGAUGGUGCAAAGUAUUCAUUGGUGGAUGGAGCGAACAGAAGUUUGCUAAUGGAAGGUGUCGAUAUCCAUACUGAAUCCCUUGAUGCUGUGCAAUUGAAACCUGAUGCAUCGGAUUCAAAUACAAUUCCAUCUGGUCCCGACACUGAUGACCGUGACCAUUUUUCCACUGACAUUAUUGGAAACCAAGCUGAUACAUCGAGUGCAAACGCACAUCCAUCUGCUGCUGACAGAGACGACCGCAAGCAAUGUACUGAAAAGGGAAUCUAUCAGUCGAAGAUUGCAAAACCUACCGGUACAGAUGAAUCCGUUGAGGUUGUUGACAAAUUCAAUCCAGCCGCAUUCAAGGAGGCGUUUUUCUGGCCCAUUGAGGAACCAAAGAAAGUCAAAAAGGCAGUUCCGAAGAUUCCGUCAGUAAUGUCGAGCGAGGACUGGAGAGAUCACGAACGGAAGAAAAGCGACGAGAAGCAACAGAAACAAGUUGAGCUAGACGCUCGUAAAGCUGCUCGUGCAGCUAAAAAAUUGGAGGCGUCCAAAAUAGCGGCCGAAAAACUUGUUUUGAAGCAAAAAAAACAGGCAGAAAAGCUGGUGGACGAAAAACGAUCACCGUUUGUGGGCAGCAAGCCAAACACCCGACAGCGUCGCACAAAGCCAAUAAAAACUGGCAAAUAA